AGUGUGCGUGUCACUACUGUUGGCAAAAGUUCCGAUCUCGAAAAUCCGUCGCUCGGAGUCUGGUCAACGGUGUUCGGACGCCGCAGCCUUCGCUCAAAGCGUAGUUCGAGCAAGGCGUCAUCAUGUAUGCUCGCAAAGACAGGAAGGAUGACGAUGAUUCCGCUCAAGGCGGGAAUAAGUGGUCCGGCGAGAGGAGUUCUGUGCUCCAGGAAGCUCGAGUCUUCAACAAGAGUCCUCUCGACCCGAAGAAAUGCUCACAAGUCUUGACCAAACUUCUCUACUUGUUGAACCAAGGCGAGAAGCUAUCGGCUGCCGAGGCCACAGACACGUUCUUCGCCAUGACGAGACUCUUCCAGUCAUCCGAUGUCAUGCUCAGGAGGUUGGUCUACCUGGGCAUCAAGGAGCUUGCGAGUACGGCAAACGAUGUCAUCAUCGUAACCUCGUCUCUGACCAAGGAUAUGACAGGGAAGGAACAGUUGUACAGAGCGCCUGCGAUUCGAGCACUUUGCAAAAUUGCUGACGCCGGAACUCUCCAAGCAGUGGAGCGUUACAUGAAGCAGGCAAUCGUCGACAAGAAUGGAUCCGUAGCCUCAGGUGCUCUGGUAUCCUGUCUCCAUUUGCUGAACCAGGGCUGUGCAGAUAUCGUUCGCAGAUGGCCCAAUGAGGUCCAGGAAGCUCUGAACUCCGAUGAUGCAAUGGUGCAAUAUCACGCUCUGGGACUGCUGUAUCAGAUUCGCAUGAACGACAAACUUGCGGUUUCCAAACUCAUCUCGAAGUACACGAAGUACAACGUCAAGUCCCCGUACGCUCUCUGUUUGCUGAUCAAGCUCACGUGCAAAAUGAUCGAAGAUGAAGGUUACGGAACCGAUUGUCCAAUGUUUAAUUUCGUCGAGAGCUGUUUGCGACACAAAAACGAGAUGGUCGUCUACGAAGCGGCGCACUGUAUCGUGAACAUGAAAUCGACCGGACCGUCAGAGGCCGGUAGAGCAGUUGCCGUUUUGCAGCUGUUCCUCAGUUCUCCGAAAGCGAUGUUGCGUUUCGCGGCCGUCAGAACCCUGAACCGAGUCGCGUGCAACCAUCCGAAAAUCGUGAUGAGCUGCAAUAUCGAUCUGGAACAGUUGAUCUCCGGCACGAAUCGCUCCAUCGCGACACUGGCAAUUACGACCUUGCUGAAAACGGCCUCGAACGAAAGUUCGGUCGAGCGUCUCAUGAAGCAAAUCGAGUCGUUCAUGACGGAAAUAAGCGACGAAUUCAAAGUUGUCGUCGUCGAAAGCAUCCAAUCGCUGUGCGAGAAGUUCCCGAACAAGCAGGGUACGAUGAUGGGAUUCCUGGCUAAGAUGCUCCGAGAAGACGGCGGUUUCGAGUACAAGAAGGCCAUCGUCGAUACCAUCAUCGACAUAAUUCACAGCAACGAGGACAAGAUGGAAAUCGGUCUCGGUCAUCUCUGCGAGUUCAUCGAGGACUGCGAGCACACCAGCCUCGCGGUGAAAAUUCUCUCGCUGCUGGCCACGAAGGGACCCAAGACGAAGAAUCCGUCGAAAUACGUCAGAUUCAUCUACAACCGACUCAUUCUAGAGAACGCUCAAGUCCGCGCGGCGUCUGUCAGUGCCUUGGCGCAGAUCGGCAGCGAGUGUCCGAAUCUAACGAACAAUGUGAUUGUUCUACUUGAAAGAAGUCUCAUGGAUGAGGACGACGAGGUCCGCGACCGCGCCGCCUAUUAUUUGAAGAUCCUCCAAAAAGGAAACACAGACCUCUUUACGCAGCUCACACUGUCCAUCCAUGGGCUGGAAUCGGCGUUGUGCGAAUACCUCAAGUCGGACAUGUCCGUUCCGUUCGACGCGAGCCAGAUCACCUAUGAGCCCCCGGUCAAACAGGCGAAGCCGGCCGCGCCUUUGGCUGUUCCCGAAAAGAAGAUUUCUCCCGGGAAGAAUGUCUAUCAAGAAGAGGUCCUGGAAGUGCCGGAGUUUGCUCAGCUGGGCAACGUUUUCCGAACUAUGCCGCCCAUCGAGCUCACCGAGCCAGAGACCGAGUAUGUGGUUAAAGUUGUUAAGCACAUUUUCGGAGAGCAUGUUGUGCUCCAGUUCAACUGUACGAAUACCGUCAACGAUCAGCUAUUAGAGAAUGUUUCUGUUGAACCCGUCGCGAUGAAUGGCGGCUGGAAGGCGGUACACACUAUCCCGAUCAAGAAGCUUGGCUAUCAAGAAACAGCUUCCUGUUUCGUCUGCUUCCAACAACCCGACCUCUUGGACGGCGCCUACAAUUCUGGAUUCACCAACACGCUCAAGUUCACCGUCAAGGACUGUGAUCCGACGACAGGGGAACCAGACGACAACGACGGAUAUCCCGAUGAAUACGUUCUCGAAGUUUUCGAGGUCUCCCUGUCCGAUUUUAUCCAAAAAGUCGCUAACGUCGACUUCGUCAAUUCGUGGGAGGAAUUGGGACCAGAGAACGAGCUAGAAGACACCUUCGUCCUGAGUGCGUACUCCAGUCUCCAACAGGCGAUCGAGAAGAUCCAAGACUUCCUGGGAAUGCACGCCUGCGAGCGUAGCGAUCAAGUUCCUGAGGGCAAGCAAACACACGUAUUGAUUCUCGCUGGAACGUUCGUCAAUGGUGGAAGAAUUCUCGUUCGAGCGCGUUUGGCUCAUGAUCCGACAAUGACGCAAGGUGUCACGAUGAACAUGACUGUGAGAUCGAACGAUGAGUCCCUCCCCGAAUUAAUUCUGACGUCCCUCGCGUAAGGAGUGCACAUAAACCAACACCGUUCGGAGACUCCCUUGCUAUUUUUUUAAAGUCUCUAGGAUGAUUUAUUGAAUUCCAUUGAAAAUAAAUCAAUGCCUUAAA